AUGUCACAGCAAGUUUACAAGGUGUCGACCCCGCCAGCGGAACCACAUCUACCUAUUGAAGAAGUUGAUGAAACAGCUGGCGUUGGUUCGCCUCUCAUGCAGACAUUAUCGAAGGGAGUCCCCAGGUCAAGAACUCCUUCACGCUCAUCCUCACCACAACGGCCUCCAUCCAUCACCGGGGAUCCCUCUCUUGUAUCAGCUCCUUCGCCAAGCAAUAUUUUCUCCGCAAACCUAUGUUUGAAUUUCAAGCUUGACCUGCCGCCCCCGAGACAAAUCGUCGCUGCCCCUGAACUGCCGCCCAGCACACGGCCCGAUGGCGGACUUGACCUUCCAGAUUUUAGGGGAUACCGAUUCCUCUCCGAUCUGCCACUGGAUGACUCGCCUCCAGCCAUGAGGUAUAAGAACUUUAAGGCUCCACUCCUGCGCAGGUUUCGCAAGCAUGACCAACCUGUCUGGUUUCUGAAACGUAUGGGCCAGGGAUAUGAAGGUGUCGUGUACAAGGUUCUGGUUGAUCGGAAACGUUUCGCCCUUAAAAUUGGCAAGGACAUGUCUUUCAAACAUUGGCCUUUUCUGAAUGAAUGUCAAACAGCAGCCAGAAUUGAGAAAAUCCGAUGGGCGAUCGGCCACGCGGAAUCGCCUAUUAUGGUAAACGCCAACAUAUUAGAUGACACGGACAUGCGGAAAAACAUGUGGUGUUUCAGCGAAGAGGGCCAGGAAAACCCAGUCGAGUUUGAAAACGCGGUGCCGAUGACUCCCGCCGACACUAUCGUCCGCUGCCACGGCUGGCUGAAAAUCCCACGCAAGCAACUACCGCCCGAUUUUCAUUACGCCCGUAUACUAGGGAGGCCGGACUGGUACGAAGAAACUACGCACUAUUUUGCCUUGGUGUACGACUACGUUAAGAGAAGCCCCCGCGAUCGGGAACACUACGUGUUGCAAGAAAACAUUGACUUCUUCUACUAUUCGGGUUUCACCUACUGGUUCCGACAUCCUAACAACUGGCGGGGUGAAAGAUUGGUGGAUUUUGGGGAUCUAGCAUCUCCCUUCCGGUUCCGCCCGAAGUGGUAUGGGGCUCCGCCGCAUUCCACAUCUCUGGACUUUUUCAACCCACCGAAAGGGGAUACAUCAGAAGAUGAAAGAGAUGGCAACCAACCGGACGGUAAACACUCUAACGACAAGCCAGCCGAAAAGGAGAUGGGCAAGGACGAACCCGGGGUAGCUGCGAGUGAGCCCAAUGGCGAUUGUCAAGAUUAG